AGCAUGUGCUUCUCGUUGACAGCAGCAAAAGCUAAACAAAGGUUUCCUCUGGCCGGUUACGCAAAAACUGUGAGGAAGUCCCAGUUUUCACCAGCAGUACAAUGCUACGGAAUUCUUUCGGUGCUCUAUUCCCAUCUACAAACUUGGUGCGCGCGAUACACACCACAGCUGCGUGUAAUGAAAUUCGCAAACUGGCUCGACUGCGCGUAGUCGACAACAGUGAAAUCGGCAAACGCGCCAUGGCCGAGGGCAAACCACCCAAGUGUAUACACGUUUACAAUAAACAAAGCGUUGGAAAGAUCGGCGACAAGGUGCUGGUUGCGAUCAAGGGACAGAAAAAGAAGGGCAUACUAGUCGGAUGUAAACAGUUUCAGAAACCGAAAACCCCGAAGUUCGACAGCAACAAUUUAGUGCUCAUCGACGACAAUGGUACACCGCUGGGGACGCGCAUACACGUGCCCAUUCCGACCAUUCUGCGUACCAUCCUGAAGGAGAAAACUCAGGCAAAGGGAGCGGACUACACGAAGUUACUCGGUAUAGCAAGUAGAUUUGUUUAAUAAACCAAAGGUUGUUCAAUAGCC